UUUUACAGAAAACACUUUGACUGCCUCUCAAGAAACUUCAGAAGCUCAUAAUGAUGAAGAAGAGUACGACGAUGAAGAGGAGGAGGAAGAAGAAGAAAUGCGCUGUGAAAGCGAUUUUAGAUUUGAAGAUUUUACGAAAAGACUAGCAAACCCAAAAGCUGUAAGAGCUUGCGGUUUAGCUCUGAAAAAGUUCGACAAAAAUUCAGUCAACACGAAUCAUUGCAUCAUCAAGCUUUUGCACAGGAUUGCUUUCGACUGCAAAAUGUACGUCAUGCUUUUCCAAGUUAGCAUUUUCAAGACUUUCCAGCGCAUAUUUUCCAUGAAAGAAGUACCAGAAUAUAAGGAGUUGGCAAAAUUCGGGACGUACGUAAUGAGGCAGUUUUUUAAGGUCUCCGAAAUCAAUAACAAAGUUUAUAUGGAGUCUUUGUUCUGGAAGUCGAGUCGAACUGCUUACGACAUCGAACAAGGUUACGGUAGCUAUCAGGAAAAAUCUUCAGCAAGUGCUAAAACUUGGACAGAACAGGAAGAAGAUGAAUUAAGAAGAUUAUUUGUCGAGCAUCAAAGAGAUCAUCAAGAGGAAGACGUUGUGGAUUGGAUCUGCAGCAAUCUGAUAGACAACACCAGAACUAGAAGAGUAGUGCUCCACAAAUUAAAGGAAAUGUGCCUAAUAAUAGACUACAAAAAGAGCCGCCCCCAAAAAUCCGCCGUCAACAUAAAAGUGCCGCAAAACUGGGGCGCAGAGGAGGAGACACAGCUAAGAGAUCUUUUCGAGAAUUUUCAAGAAGCCAUCGAUCCUCUGACUUGCAUUAUGGACAGAUUAACUGUCAAAAGGCCUAAAAAUAGGAUUGUUGAAAAGUUGCUCGUCAUGGGUCUUAUACAAGACAAAAGUGAGAUGAGGAAGAAGAAAGCACCAAGAGGGAAUAAGUCCAGAAAAUCUAAUAUGGCGAAUGAUAAUUCGGAUGACGAUUCAAUAAGAUCUGGAAGUGGUGAUGAAUCUGAUGGUGGUUCAACGUCAAGAUCUUCAUCAAGGCAGUCCCAUCAACUAAACAAAAUUAACAAGAAAAAACCUACAGCUAAGGGCAAACAUCCUAAAGUUUCAGCUGCUCAACUUGCCAAGCAACUCAUUGACCUGGUUGAUAAAGAAAUGUCGGAACCUCUGGAGUGGUUGAAAGAAAGCAUUUCUGACGCUAUAGAAGAUUACGAUGAUGAUGACAACGAAGGCAUCCCAUUGGUCCCAAUAAUGGAUUACGCAGUAACUGCCAUGGAAAAUGCAGAAUUUCAAAAUCUGCUUAAGUCGUUCGGUGUGCUCGAACCUUUCGAUGAACAGGAAUCAUAUUGGAGAAUCCCUGGACAUCUCAAUUUGGAAACAUUAAAAUCCCACUGCAACUUGCUUGAAAAAGCCCUGGAAAAAACAUUAACAAUUCCCGAAGAACCAACUGAAAAAAAUAACGGAAACCAAUCGUCAGACGAUGACGAUGUUUUCGAUAGAAUAAAAAAACAAGUUAAAGAAAUCAGACUUAAGGAAAAAAUUAAGGAAAGCGGUAGAAAAAGGGGCAAAAAAGAGGUUCAAUUUAACGAAGAAAUUUUUGCCAAAAAAAUCGACCACCACUUCCCUCAACCUAACGAUAACAGCGAAGAUAGCAGUGAUGUUUCAGAAGCUCACAGUUCCAAGAAGAAGAUAAAUAAAAGAAGAAUCGCUCCUACGGAAGAUAGCGAUGAGAGCAACGAAAGCUUCGCAAAUAAAUUCAGCAAAAGUAAUUUAGUACCAAUAAAUGAAAGUGAAGAUAGCAAUGAUUUACCAGAACCAGCAAGGAAAGUAAAUAAAAGAAAAAUUCAACGUUUUGAUGAUAGCGAAGACAGCAAUGAUGUUCCUAGUUUAACAAUAGCUGAAGAUGAUGAAGAAAGUGAAGAAGAAAAUGUUCCCAAAAAGAAACCUGGAAGAAUCAUGGACAGUGAUGAUGAAGAUUCUGAGGAAGACAAGGAAAAUGAUACUGAUGUAGUACCAAUAAAUGAAAGUGAAGAUAGCAAUGAUGUUCCUAAUUUGAUAAUAGCUGAAGAUGAUGAAGAAAGGGAAGAAGAAAAUGUAGCCAAAAAGAAACCUGGAAGAAUCAGGGACAGUGAUGAUGAAGAUUCAAAUGAGGGUGUUCAAAAAACAACAUCUCAAAAAGCUCAGAACAAAAAUAAAGUUGGAAGAAUAGAAGACAGCGGUUCUGAGGAAGACAAGGAAAAUGAUACUGAUGCUGCCAAUGUUGCCAAUGAAGCAGAAUUGAAGAGAAUCCGAUCGAAUUCUUCUUCAGAUACGGAAAAACCUCAACCAAAGAGAAGCAGGGUUUUGGAUAGCGAUGAUGAAGAUUAACCUUUUGGUUUUGCGGUAGUUUUAGGUUUUUAAUUUAUUAUUAUUAGUUUGUUUUUAAGCUGUUCGGUUUAGGUUACAUUUUAUUUGUCAGUUUGUGUGUUUUUUUAUUAAAUAAACGUAGUAAUUUAGA